UAGCUUGAUGUUUGUCGGCUGUGCGUUCAUCAAAAAUGCCUAUUAGGCGAAAUAAAGUCGGACUCGCGACGGAGCAUGACGGCGAAGGGCAUAGGGUUUCAUGUGGCCGUAAGCGACGAGGCAGAAAAUUUCGGAAAAACUCUCACCAGCAGCAAAAUGAAGCUUCGUCCUAUUUGACCGCAGUACAAUGCAUAUAUGCGUUUGCAUCAUGGUUUGGUCGGGGAAUAAAAAAGACUAACAAGAUCUUGACAUUCUCCAACUGCUGUAAACCAUCGGAUGAAAACAGUGGUGACGAAGAAAGCAUCGAUGAAGUUCAUAGUGAUGCAGGGGUAAACACAUAA